UAUCAUCAAAACCCAUCUCUUUCUUUCUCUCUAUUUCAAUUGCAGACGCCUGUAUCAUAUCAGUCAGGAGCCAUGGCUGGUAACAAGUUUGCAUCCAUGGUUCACAGAAACUCAUCUAAACUGACUCUCAUCCUUGUCUAUGCAGUCCUUGAAUGGGUUCUCAUUGCCCUUCUUCUUGUUGAUGGUCUUUUUUCCUAUCUGAUACGGAAAUUCGCUGCUUUCUUCGGCCUGAAGCCUCCAUGCCUGUGGUGUUCCAGAGUUGAUCAUGUUUUGGAACCCAACAAAGAUAAGCACUAUUACAGAGAGCUUGUGUGUGAUAACCAUGCCAAAGAGAUUUCAAGAUUGGGUUACUGCUUGAACCAUGCAAAGUUGGCUGAAGCCUGUGAAAUGUGUGAGGAAUGCUCUCUCUCUAGGCCUUCUCAGAGCAAGCCUGAAGGUUGGGUGGCCUGCGUUUCUCUGCUUAGGAGCAGCAGCAACAAAUUAAAGAUCGAAAAUGGGGUUGAGGAAGUGAGGUGCUCGUGUUGUGAAGUCAAUUUGGAGGAUGGUUUUUACUCCAAGUUUUUUUGGAGGAACAAAUUGUUCUCCACCCCCUCUUGGGAGGUCUUUGAUUACCCACAAAAGGCCACAGUGAUCGAGGAUCGCGAAUGCACUAGAGAAGAGGUGAAUUCGAGCGAGCCAAUUGUUGAUAUCUCGAAAGGACCCAUUGAUUGUUCGGAUGUUCAUGGCGAUCAGGCUGUAGGGAUCGAAGUUUCAGAUUCAUAUAUUGACAAGGAUUUUGUAUGUGAAGAUAAUGGAGGGGCAUUUACAGAGACCGUCUCAGAGGAAAUGGAAGGAGCUGACUCUGUUUCAGAAGAGGCAGAUGCAGAAGAUGGUGUUGCAGAGAAUGGAUUGAUCAAGGCUCAACCAGGGUUAUCAAUGGAUUCAGGUACCGUUUCUGAUACUUGUUUUAGUUUCGCAGAUGGUAAGCAUAUAGAUGAUGAAGCUUCCAGAAUUGUGUCCAUGAGUUUGGACCAUAGUGGGGAUCACGACCGCCUGUUGCCAGUCGAUUUAAUCGAUUCCUUGACUGCUAAAAACCAGAGGCCAUUAAAGUUAAUAAGCGAAAUUGAAGAUAUGAAAAUGGGUUCUGGUCCUCUGAUAUUGGAGGAGGCCAAGGUUGAUGAUGAACAAGGUGAAAAGUUGGUUGCUGAAUCACUGGUUCACGACCAAAGUGGAACAGUCACCAGUAAAGAGGAGCUCAAAGAAGAGAAUGAAUUGAUUUCUUCAUUUGGGAAGAGAGAAGAACUCAUCAUUCAUGAGAAGAUUGAGCCUGUGAUUCCUGUUGAGGAACCAGGAGAGAUGGACAUGAAAGCUGCUGCAGAUGAUGAUCGUGGUUGUUCUUCAGUGUUGCAGGCUGAAGAGAACCAUGGUAUUCUGGAGAGAGAAAUUGAUGAUUGUGAAGAACCAGUGAAAGAAAACUGUGAAACCAUAGAAGCAGAAGACCAGUCUUUGAGCUCUCCAGUAGAAAGGAUCCCUGAUCUGCCGCAAGUGUUUGAACCAGUUGGAGCAGAGCAAUGUUCUGAGCGUAUUGAGGAAGUGCAGAACUCUGAUCUGCCCCAAGUGUUUGAACCAGUUGUAGCAGAGCGAUGUUCUGAGCGUGUUGAGGAAGUGCAGAGCUCUGUUCUGUCUGAUGAUGAUAGAGAUCAAGGAGCAAACCAGAUGAGAAAAACCACUGCUGAAGGAGAUUCCUGCUCAGAAUCUCUUCCUAUAAAUGAGACUGAUAAACCAACUGAGAAGCCAAGAGAGAGAAUGAAGCAGCUAUCAGUAUAUGUAGAAUUCAAUGAAGGGGAAGAGGACAAAGCCCCAGAAACCCCAUGCUCCAUUGAAGGAAUUCAUUCCCUUCAUAAGCGGCUACUCUUCGAGAGAAAAGAAUCAGGGACCGAGUCCUUAGAUGGGAGCAUUAUAAGUGAGAUCGAAGGGGGAGAAGGAUCAGUGAUUGAACGCUUCAAAUCAGCUCUCAAAUCAGAACGAAGGGCUCUGAGUGCCUUAUACACAGAGCUAGAAGAGGAGCGAAGCGCCUCAGCCAUUGCCGCAAACCAAACAAUGGCCAUGAUCACUCGACUUCAAGAGGAGAAGGCUCAAAUGCAGAUGGAGGCCCUCCAAUACCAGAGAAUGAUGGAGGAGCAAUCUGAAUAUGACCAAGAAGCUUUGCAGCUCCUUAAUGAGCUAAUGGUGAAGAGAGAGAAGGAGAAGCAAGAGUUGGAGAGAGAAUUGGAGGUGUAUCGGAAGAAAGUGAGGCGUUAUGAGGCAAAGGAGAGGAAGAUGAGAGAGAAAAGACCUGUGGAAAAUGGGGGGAUGGGGAGAAAUGGAGUUUCCUCUGCCUCUUCGAGCACUGAGGAUAGUGAUACACUAUCUCUUGAUCUUAAUGAAGGGGACGAAGGUUUCUAUGGAAUUCAAGAGAGUAAUCAAAACACCCCAGCUGAUGCUAUUCUAAGCUUGGGCAAGGGACAACUCGAAACAGAUAUCAAAAGUUUGACCACCCUUGAUGAAUCUUUGGCUGAAUUCGAAGAAGAGAGGAUCUCUAUUUUGGAACAACUAAAAACUUUAGAGGAGAAGCUCUUCACUCUUGGAGAUGACACAGAUUGCAUAACUGAAGAAACCAUCGGCAAUGGAAAGCAUGUUUGCGCAAGAAGGAACAUGGGGUCGAAAGCAAAGAGGCUUCUUCCACUUUUUGAUGCCAUGAGUGGUGAGAAUUUAGAGCAGGAAGCCCGAGAAGCUGAGGUUUAUGACCAUGGAGGCUUAAUAAUGCAUUCUGGUUCUGGUUUUGACUGUGAGAAAAACCAGCUUGAUAUCGAAGAGGAGGUGGAGCAUGUCUAUGAGAGAUUACAGGCUCUUGAGGCAGAUAGAGAGUUUCUAAAGCACUGUAUUGGAUCACUGAAUAAAGGAGACAAAGGGAUGGAUCUUCUUCAAGAGAUAUUACAGCAUUUGCGUGAUCUGAGGAAUGUAGAACUCAGAGCAAGGAGCUUUGGUGAUGUGAUUGUUUGAUUUCUGGCUAUGCUGCUAGAUGAAAAGGGGAUACCGAUCCGAGAGAUUUGCAGAGCCAAAUCAAUGCGGAAACCGUGUGUUAACUCCAAAGUUCAGGGGUAGCAGAUGCUUCUCUCAUCAUCCAUCUAUGGUGAUCAUAGAUUGAAGCUGAUGAGAGACAGAGGGACGAUUGAAGUUGGUGUCAUCUGAAGUUGUUAUGCUUCCAUCUCCAUGGAAGAGGAGGCUCAGGGUUAAGCCUUCUUUGAGUGUGUAAAACAGAUCCCAAUUAGGUCUGUACUUCCCUUGUUUUCAUUCUUUUUCUUUUCUUUUUCCUUUCCUUCUUUUGGCAUCUUUAGUCAGUCAUGAAGCCCAAGUUUUUGUGGGGUUUUCUCAUUCUCGCCAUUGAGUGGAUGGUGAAUGGGGCAGAGGGGAAUUUCAGGUAUCCCUUUUGUAAAAGUGAGUGUGUGUACAACCCUGGCUUGCAAAGCUGGAACAAAAGCCACCUAAGAUUCCAGUGCCAGGUAAAUAGAGAGAAAAAGUAGAGAUAGAGUCAUAGAACCAGCACAAAAGUUUGUUUCAUCUAGUUUAUUAUAUUAUUUUUAAUAUUCUUAAAUGUUUAUUUUUUAAGGGAGGUAACAGAUUUAUGUUUCCCUCUUUUGAUUCUUUGUGAGUGGUUGUUUCUGAUGAUCUGUGUAUCUCAGGCUGCUGUGAUUGGCUUGUGCAGUUGGUUGGGCUCUGUUUGUUUAGUGUUUUAUAGAGAGAGAGGACAAUAAAUGUUGGGGUUGCAAUGUAAUGUAAUGGCAGCAGGAGAGAGAAAAGUUGGUCAUCUUUUGUAAACUUUCGUAUGAAUGUAAAAUUUGAUUGUUUGCUUGUGA